CUUAUGUGCAGAAAAUGGUGAAAGUCUGCAAUGAUUCAGACCGAUGGAGUCUCAUCUCCCUGUCCAACAACAGUGGCAAAAAUGUGGAGCUGAAAUUUGUGGACUCUCUGAGGCGGCAGUUUGAAUUCAGUGUCGAUUCCUUUCAAAUCAAGCUGGACUCCCUGCUGCUUUUUUAUGAAUGCUCAGAGAAUCCGAUGACUGAAACCUUUCACCCGACUAUCAUUGGCGAGAGCGUCUAUGGGGAUUUCCAGGAAGCCUUUGAUCACCUCUGCAACAAGAUAAUCGCCACCAGAAACCCGGAGGAAAUCAGAGGAGGUGGUCUUCUGAAGUACUGCAACCUUUUGGUAAGGGGCUUUAGGGCUGCCUCCGAAUCCGAGAUUAAGUCCCUGCAGAGAUACAUGUGUUCGAGGUUUUUCAUUGACUUCUCAGACAUUGGAGAACAGCAGAGAAAGCUGGAGUCCUACUUGCAGAACCACUUUGUGGGAUUAGAGGACCGCAAGUAUGACUAUCUCAUGACCCUUCACGGUGUGGUGAAUGAGAGCACAGUGUGCCUGAUGGGACAUGAGAGGAGACAGACUCUGAAUCUGAUCACCAUGCUGGCCAUCCGGGUCCUGGCUGAGCAAAAUAUCAUCCCCAAUGUGGCCAAUGUCACCUGCUAUUACCAGCCAGCCCCAUACGUAGCAGAUGCCAACUUCAGCAAUUACUAUAUUGCCCAGGUUCAGACGGUGUUCCCUUGCCAGCAGCACACAUACUCUACUUGGCUGCCCUGUAAUUAAGGACCGAAAUUAGUAGACCCGGUGGGGAGAGCGUUUUCUAAGACGUAGGAAGGGGCGAUGCGUCCCUUUGAAAUGGGGUGUUUUGUGCAAUGAUGAUCUGCUCUAGUUUGCAAGCUUGGGAAAAGCUUGUGGUUCUUCUAAUAAAUAACAGGAGCACGAUCGAGAAAGAACCCCAGAUAAUUGGAUCCUACCCCAGAGCACAAGAGGCCUGUCAUUAAAAGCAACCAGCUUCCCCUGAAAUAAGUGAGGGAGGAAUGCUUGAUGACAAUAUGGGUUGGCAAUGUCUGCUCCCAUAGCUUUGGCAUAGAGAAGGUGGGAAAGCCUUAUUUUCUUUUAUUUUUAUUCUUACUCUAGAAUGGGAUCUGCAAAAGGGAGAAUACGAAAGAAACAAAACAAAACAAAACAAAAAAAACAACAAAAAGAAAAAAAAUCACAAAAACAAUUUAUAUAUAUUCAGGAAUUAAAAGUUAGAGGCAUAAAGCAGAGAUAAGCUGAAUAAAAAUGUAUAUUGGAAUUACUGCAUUUGGGGCUUGCAGCAAGUGCCGUCUAUGGAUUGACCGCGUAGAAUGUAUAGCUCGCUUGACUAGAAUGCUUUACCAGAAACAGCUUGCUCCAAAUGAACAGUAGUGGAUUGGUACAGUUAUAAAAACAGAAACACGUAUGAUGACAAAGUCCAUUAUUUCCAGCUGUGUGCGUGCCUCACAUUUUAAAAAUGUGAGAAUGCAGGAAAACCAGCUGUGGCAAACAGAAUAUACUCAAGGACCAAAGAUUUCACAAAUAAGUUAUCCGAGCAAAGAAGAUACAGUAGAGUAUAUAUAUAUAUAUAUAAAAGAAAAGAAAGAUGUUGCUAUAUUUGUACACACCAACAGUAAUCAAAAGUGCCUGAUGCCUUCAUAAAAUUUGAAGUGAGGAAAAAAAUAUAGUUUUGUGGUUUAACCAUGCAUUUUGUUUUAUCAGGGACACAAGGAUUAAAAAAACAAAAACAAACCCAUAAGCUUGUGAAUAAGUGGUGGAGGAAAUGCCCUAUUUUUUUUCUUGGCAAAUACCUGUAUAGAGUUAAUGUUGAUGUCGGUGUGCUAUUAUCCUAGGUACGUGUGUGUAUGUGUGUAUAUAUGUUUGUGUGUGUAUAUAUGUACAUGUUAUAGGUGUAUAUCUAUAUAUAUACACACACAAUAUAUAUUAAUUUGGUCUAGGAAAAUGUAGCAAUUAAGGAAUGUUUAAAUAAAGUACUCUGUGUUUUCCAGUUUGCAACAGGAUGUCAUAGGACAAUGGGCACCUUGCAGUGAAUUUUUAACCCACACUUGAGAAAUUUGGAGUAAAUGAACCAGUCAGGAUUAAGGUGGGAUUCAGAUAAUGUCUUUGGUUGCAAGAACAAGGAUUACAGUAAUUCAGUGGGUUGCUUGUGAGCCAUAAUAAUUCCACAGAUGGAGAAACAUAUGACUAGCUGAUUUUUUUUUUAACUAUUUUGUACUGUAAUGCCAUUUUGACAUUUAACCCACUAACGUUGUGACUGCAUACCUCCAUGAUGUGUAAUUCAGUGGAACGUGGAUCAAAGAUAGGUUUAUUUAAACCCCCUGACAGCUAAAGAAUAUUGUAUUAGUUGGUGAUUUGAACACUAAUUGUUAAUAUUUAAAGGAGUAUUUUUAAUAGAAUGCAUUAUGCAUUCCAGGACCACUAGAAUUUAGCAAAUGUGAAAUGAACCCUUUUUAAGAGUGUUGCACGAUUGCUUAAAAUUAUAUUUUAUAUAUAUAUAUUAUAUAUAUAUAUUUUUAUGCAAAUAUUAAACAUCUUUGAUCUGGUUGUCACACUGCA